AUGAAAUACGGCGAUACUUUGCGCCAAAGGAGCAUCCCUGAGUGGGGCCAUUUCAACAUCGACUAUGACUAUCUCAAAGACCUAAUCAAGCACCAGACGACUUCUGGCACGAACAAAGCCGUGUCGAUACCCGGCCAGGGCACAGGCAGCACCGAGAAAGCCUUCGGCGAGACGUUUCUUCGAGUACUACAAACACAGCACGACCGCAUAAACCUAUUCGUUCGAAGUAAGAGUGGCGAGAUCGAACGCCGAUUGGACCACAUUAGCAAAAGUCUAGAACAACUCAGCUUCAAGAGGUCGCCGGAGGUCCGCCUGCCAGCCCGGACGGUCGAGAGAUACGCAAAGAUAGACGCAGAUGUCGCAAAGACUGCCGAGGAGAUUCGUUCGCUGUCACGCUUCAUAGUCGUUCAGCGAACAGGAUUCGCCAAAAUCCUUAAGAAAUACAAGCGCUGGACGAAGGACAGGGAGCUUUCGUAUACGUUCAGAGACGAGAUCAGCAGCCGUCCGGACAGCCUCUUCCAGCUGGACCUAGGCUAUCUUCUCGAUCAAUACAUUGAUGUUCUUGGCGCCCUUCGCUCAGUAUUUGAUGGAAACAAUGCAACGACGACCCUCGUCAAGGGUUCUGACGCGCAGCUACCAGCUGCGCGCAUAUCAAAAGCCCUUGAGCAUGACGAUCAAUUAGAUUUCGACCUAGCACUAUCUACUGUUCCUCUCGGAACCAACGGUCACAAAGCUACAUACUGGGUUCAUCCUGAUCAUGUUGUCGAGGUUCAGGUCCUACUACUCCAGUAUAUGCGACUCCAUACCAAGAGCACCAAAUCGACAUCACGAAGGCCCUCUGCCAAUGCAACACCCCGCCGUCGUCAGUCCUCGAGCGGAAACACUGAUCGCUACUUUGGGAACGAAGACCAGAUUGGUCUCCAAGUCUUAGAUUAUGCGGAAGCCUUCGCCGUCAAGCAGAACGCCAGUACGAUUGGCUCAAGCGAAGAGGCCAAGGGAAAUGUCGGAAUCAAGGCGGCUGCUAACGUCCGUUUUUCCGCAGCUGCUGAGGCAGCUAUCGUGGUCUGUACAGCGAUUGAUCCUCGCACACAGUCAGCUGGAGAUCUGAAGAUCGCGAAACUGAAGCGCAGAUUCACAGAGGCUUUCAUAAAUACUUCAAAGACAUUGCCCGACAAGCAAAAUAUCCGCUUCGUAGACCGCACAGGAUCUUUCUAUGAUGGCGAAGAAGAAACUCAGACCAUCCGACAGUGGUUGACAGAGCACAAGGAAAUCACUCCUAUUGCUGGGAUAGGUGCAAAACGCACAAGAUUUGCUGGACUACACAAUAACUUGUCAGGCGGGAUGUGGGCAACUUUGGAUCGCGAAAUCUUCAUGAAGGAGUCUUUGGUGAAGGACCUCGCGAACGAUGACUGGGCGCAGACAGCAGUCCUAGGUUCGAGCGCUUUCCCUCAUGCUAUUUUGGAAGUUCGCCGCGAAGGCAACCACGCUGCAACUUUGAUCCAGACACUUGAUCGAAGCCAUCUUGUUGAGCGUGUUCGUGGUUUCUCGAUUGAGGCUCAUGCUGUCUGGAGCUGCUGCAAGCCCAGCUCCAUGUCCGCCCCGCACUGGAUCUCCCUCCUCGACAAAGACAUACGUAAGCUGCCAGCACUAGUCAAGAGGCGUAGUCGCAAGAGCAGGGGGAGUGUAAGCGGCUCCAACACACAGUCUUCGCCACCGAUGACCUCGACAUCCAAUACCUCAUUCGACGGUCAGUUAAGUCCUGCAACUCUGCGCAACGGCGAGUCUUCUGCAACAUCGGCACAGGAGUUCGUAGACCCUCCGUCACUACAGGCUUUCAGGAAGAAGACUCGCAGAUCAGCGGCAGACUCCACCCCGGCCGUACAAGAAGAGCCAGAAACUCAACGCUAUUGGAAUGAGUACGACCAUCCUGAAGACGAGGACGAUGCCUACUACAUCUACGUCGACCCAAACGCAUCCGUCAAGUUUCCCGGGCAAGAGACGCUCGAAGCCUGGUCCAGGAAGACCAGACAAAUCUUUGGUAUGCGACUCCAAGCUGAAGAACAAUCACUUCUGUCAGGUGUGGAAGACGGCACAACAGAUGACGAAGAUUCUGGAAGCGAAAGCCCGCUCGGCUGGAAUCCUCGAACCAAUUACGGGACCCUCUCUUCACAAAACGGCAGUGCCUACGAAGGCUACUUCAGCACCCUCUUUCGCGGCAGGGUGAACCCUCAUCACGACGCAGAGGCUCUGCAAGACCGCAGAUCUCUGAUCAGUGAAUUACAAGUCCGUGAUCACGAGCGCGAGAAGACCAAGUUUCGUUUUUAUUCAACGUGCUUGGCUGCUGCAUUUGCUAUUGACUUUAUCCUUGGUCUUAUGACAAUGACGAGUCGUAAGAAGGAGAGAGGUGCUGUCGAUGCUGGCGUCCUCUUUGGUGCCGUAUGUACACUGGUGCUGUGCACUGUUGCUCUCAUCAGCAUGAAAACUAGGAGGCAAAAGCUCGGCUGGGUUCACCAGGGUGUUGUGUUGAGUAUUGUACUUGCCCUUUUAGGGCUGGAUGUUUUGUUGCUACUGUGGGUCUUGAGGAUUUGA